AUUCUUCCUUUCUUUUUCGAAAUUAAUUAAAAGCUUUAAUAAUAUACCCUUUUGCCGGUUCUUCCAAAACCCCUAUCCUUCAUCGUCGUUACCAAAUCAUCAAUGGCGAAAUUCCGCAUUCUCUGAAAUUCCAGAACCCCUCAAUCAUGUCGACCACGCUCUCGACCCUCUUCUCCAAAACCCCAAUUAAACUCUCCCCACCUAAAAAUCCCUCUCGAUUUCACCUCAGCAACAGCUCAUUUCCGAUAACAUCCUCACCACCAACCAAAAAGGCGAAACCUUUGAACAAACUCCAAAUUUCCCACAGCUUUUACGGUUCAUUCAAGAAAUCCUUUAAUGGGUUUCCGGUAGAUAAAAAUGGGUUUUUGGUAAAAGCCCAAAAUGAAAGCGGCUCAGUUGAUAACAGUAGGAAUGAAGAGACGCAGAUUCGUGGAGAAAGCAGCAUGCCGGAAAGAUUCAGAUAUUUGACUAAAGAAGCUCCUGAUAAGCCUGUUAGAUGGCCCUUUCUCAUUGUUCUAGCGUUCCUGCUGUAUGCUUGGAGAACCGUAUUGUGGGAACUAUCGAACUGGAGGAAGGCUCUCGGGGCUCUAACUUGGUUCUUGGGUUACAUCUCGAAACUGUUGCUGGCUCUCGUGUUCCUUUUCAUCGGAGAUCCCCUCACAUCCGCAAUCCGCCUAGUGGAGACAGCCUUCGUCAGUGUCCGAUCCUUCUACUCCGGUGUAGUCGCGUACGCUCCAAUCCCGGAGCUGACACUGAUCAUCAUGCUAACAUCCGCUGUACUCGCCGUCGCGGAGACCGCCUCGCCGGACUCCGUGAACAGCCAGCCGUAUCUACUCACGCUGGCCGGCCUGGUCGGCUUCGCUGCUGUCAGAAACUACAUCACCGAGCUCUUCUUCUGGACGCUGCUCGUGGGUAUGUUCUGUUUUGCUAGGUUCGUAAAGAGGAGAGACUAUGUGUCGUCCGCGUUGCCCCUUGCCGCUGUUUUGGCUGCUGUGGGGGAGCCGUGGGUUAGGGUCGUCGUGAUGGGUUCCUACUUGGCCUUGGCUAUCCUCCACCACGCUCGGAACUCGGGGGAGGCAAAGGACGAUGCCGGCACCCGAGCUAUAGAAAGGGUGCCGAUUCCGCUGUUGCUUGCUGCGAUGGCGAUAGGCGUUCGACUCGCGGCGAAAUGGGCGGGAUACCGGCAUUUGACAUGGAUGAUCGUUUAGCUUCUUGUUCUUGUUGGACAGGUAAAAUGGCUAAGGGAAAUUUUGAGAUAAUGGAAAAGUAUUUUCUUGAUA